UGGAAAUCUCAGACGUAGAUCUACUAUACGUUUACAAUUCAACUUGAAUUGUAGUAGAACAUGUACAUGUAUAUAGAGUGCAACAUGGAAUGAGUGUCUUGUAGUACGUGUAUGCUACUGCAGUUACGUCGUUCCUGUCUUGGUCGUGAAACGAAAGGAAGCAACUGCCAGGUAGUAAUUUAACUAUGCCAGUAUGUGGUGCACUUCUUCGGAGUGUCCGACCUGCCCACUGUCAAUUCCGAGCGGGUGUUGGCUGUUGCUGGCGCUAUGCUCAUCAUUCGACGGCUGACCCGGUUGCAUAUUUGGCAAAGCGUGCACUUCCGCCAUGGUGCAAGGUGCACGUGGAAUCGAACAUGAACGUUAUCGUGCUACCGAACACAUAUGUUACUCGUUUCCUUGUCGGCGCAUCCAAGCCGGAGCUUGAAGAUGGCGACCAGGUGAUGUCAGUAUGGCUAGGCAAAGGCAGCAGCAAGUCACCGCCAGCCCCCGUCACCUUUCAAGCCUUACCAGACAGUGCGAAAGACUUGGUGACGUUUGGCCUUGAGUCAUCAGACGAUGUAUCGAUCUCCUGCCACGUUUCAGAGUCUGUGCUACGCGAACUUCAUGGCAUUGUGCCAAGCCCUACCUUUGUGUUCCACAUACCCUUGAAAACAAGUGUUGACCUGCUUACAGGCGGACAUGCAGUUGUGCACGGUAUUGACUGUGAUGAUGUAACGAUGAGGUCAUCAUCUGGAAACUGUGAGGUGUCAGGGCUCAAGGUGUCCAAUCAAGUGAGUAUGGUGGCAGACUGCCAGUCUACUGAUGACGCCGGCUCCAUCACCAUACUGGACACCGUGCAGGCAUCCAGCAUCUCUGCUGUGGCAACACGGCGAAUAGAGUGCAACCGGCUACUGGCGCUUGAUGUCUCCAUGUCCGUGGAUCACAAGGAAUCAAACUACUCUGAUCAGAUUGGAACUAGCGUGUCUGCUAGCCUACAUGCCGAGUCUAUCUAUGCUCAGAAGAUUACAUUGGCAUCUUCGGGAUC